UAUUGGUGUACAUAUAUCUAUAUAUAUAUAGAUAUAUUUGUGUUUCUUUGACAAGUUUGUAAUGUUAGGAUUAUAUUUAUCGAGCAAUGGCUUAUUAUUAUUAUUGUUCUAGUACACGGGGUUUGUUAUUUAUUCUUUUGUUAGAGGUGAUUGUGUGUAUAUCGGGUCGAGUUGGCUUAGGAUCGAGAUUAUAUGCUAACGAUGACAACAACCAAGCAUGGCUUUCUGAUAAUGGGACAUUCGCAUUUGGUUUUACUUCAGCUAAUUUAGACACGACUUCAACCUCACAAGACGACAAAACAUAUCAACUCGGAAUUUGGUUCGCUGACCUUCCGGGUGAUCGCGUUCUCGUUUGGUCUGCAUAUUUAAUUGCUCCGGUCACGAAAAAUGCAAUACUAGAGCUCGACACAACCGGAAACCUUGUCCUCACGGACGGUCGCACCACGGCAUGGACCUCAAACACGACAAACGCUGAGAUCCAAUCUGCCCAGCUACUAGAAAACGGCAACCUCGUCCUCUAUACAAGAGAUCAAAACAUAGCGUGGCAAAGCUUCUCACACCCAUCAGACACCCUUUUGCCUGGUCAACCUUUGACCAUAGAUGUCGAGUUGACUUCUUCUCGCAUACCUACACGUGGCGGCGGUUACUACACUAUGAAAAUACUUCAAGAAACCACUUCAUUAAGCUUAGGUCUAACUUACAACUUACCAACGGAUCCUUAUAAUCUAUCAACAGACGUCCAGUCUAAUUACUCAUAUUGGGCAACCCCUGAGUUCUCAAAUGUUACCGGUGAUGUAGUGGCGGUGCUUGACCAAGCGGGAAGCUUUGGGGUGGUUUAUGGUGGAGAUUCUGCUGGAGCGGUUUACGUUUAUAAAAAUGAUAAUGAUAAAGGCGAGUUAUCAUCUGCUAGUAACCAAACCAACCGACCGUCGGUUCUUAGGAGACUAAUUCUCGAAAAUAAUGGGAACCUACGGUUAUACCGUUGGGACAAUGAUGUGAAUGGAUCUCGACAAUGGGUAGCCGAAUGGGCUGCAGUUUCAAACCCAUGUGAUAUCGCGGGAGCAUGUGGAAACGGUAUAUGUAAUCUGGAUAGAAGCAAAACAAAUGCUUCUUGCGAGUGUUUGCCUGGUUCUAACACCAACGGGGAAGAUUUCAGGUGCAGGAUGAAUUCAUCCUCCCCCGGAAAUUGCAGACUUCCCCGUAAUACUUCCCAAUUCAAAAUUGAAACAGUUCAGCAAACAAAUUACUAUUACCUGGAAUCAGCAGUGAUAGCAAACUACAGUGACAUCCCCACGGUUUCAAAGUGUGGUGAUGCUUGUUUAACCGAUUGUGAAUGUGUUGCUUCUGUGUACGGGCUAAAUCAAGAGAGUCCGUAUUGUUGGGUGUUAAGGAGCUUGGAGUUUGGCGGGUUCGAGGAUUCAGCUUCAACCAUGUUUGUUAAGGUUCAGUCAAACGGGUCUUCGAGCCAAUCGAAAGAUACAGGGAUGAGUAGCAGCACUCGUGCAAAGGUUUUGGUUGUUCCUAUUGUACUUAGCAUGUUUGUUCUUAUUGGGCUCCUAACGUGUCUAUUGUACAUCUAUGUUCAUAAAAAGAGAGGCCUAAAAAGAGCUCUCAACAGUUCCCUAAUUGUCUCAGGAGCCCCUCUUAGUUUUAACUUUCGCGAUCUACAGAACAGAACAAAUCAUUUUUCAGAGUUGCUUGGAACAGGUGGAUUCGGCAGUGUUUACAAGGGGAGUUUAGGGGAUGGGACGUUCAUUGCAGUGAAAAAACUUGACCGGAUUUUGCCACACGGGGAGAGGGAAUUUGUUACGGAAGUAAACACUAUUGGGUCAAUGCAUCACAUGAACUUGGUUCGCUUGUGUGGAUAUUGCUCUGAAGGUUCACAAAGGCUUUUGGUGUACGAGUUUAUGAAAAAUGGAUCUUUAGACAAAUGGUUGUUUCCUUCACACAAAACACGAGAGAGGCUCUUGGAAUGGCCUACACGAUUUCAAAUAGCAGUUGGCACUGCGCAAGGGAUUGCAUACUUUCAUGAGCAAUGUCGAAAUAGGAUAAUACACUGUGAUAUCAAACCUGAGAAUAUUCUUUUGGAUGAGAACUAUUGCCCAAAAGUUUCGGAUUUUGGAUUGGCUAAGUUGAUGGGAAGGGAGCACUCGCAGGUUGUGACCAUGGUUCGAGGCACCAGAGGUUACUUGGCCCCUGAAUGGAUUAGUAAUCGUCCUGUAACUGUAAAAGCUGAUGUAUAUAGUUAUGGAAUGCUAUUGCUGGAAAUUGUUGGUGGACGAAGAAACUUUGAUAUGAGUUUUGAUGCAGAUAAUUUCUUCUUCCCUGGAUGGGCUUUUAAGGAAAUGAAAAACGGAGAGGCAAUGAAGGUGGCAGAUAGACGACUGGAAGGAGCAGUGGAUGAAGACGAACUUUUGAGAGCAUUAAAAGUAGGAUUCUGGUGCAUACAGGACGAGGUGAGCAUGCGUCCUUCAAUGAGCGAGGUGGUGAUGAUGUUAGAAGGUUCGGUAGAGGUGAAUGAGCCACCAAUGCCACAAUCGGUUUUGGAGCUUAUUGAAGAAGGGUUAGACCAUGUUUAUAAGGCAAUGAAAAGAGAAGUUAACCAAUUUAGCUCUUUCACCGUCACCAACAUGACAACAAGUCAAGCUUCUUCUCGUGCCACAUGUAGUUACUCUUCAAUGUCACCAAGAUAACGAUGGAUUGAAUUCAGUUGUUUUUCCAUGAUUGUAUGUAGACUGUUUAGCAUGCUUACUGCCAAUCAACUAGAGAUCAUUUGUUGUUGAAAAUUGAAAUCCAUCUUAAAUUGAAUAUGAGGUGAAGUCUAACCAUCAA